CUCGUUGUUGCUACGGUUGCCGCUUCCGCUUGACGGCAAUGUGUGUGACUCGGCAUGGCGUCCUCAUUGGUUUGUAGUGAAACUCAAAUCAGGGUUAGUUCAGUGUUAAACAGGGAUGUGAAGCAAUAUGGAAAGAAGUUCAUGUUUGACUGCAAUGAAGAGACUUGCUGGAACUCAGACCAGGGUGAAUAUCAGUGGGUGUCUCUGGAGUUCCCCCAGUCUGUCAAGGUGUCAGAGCUAAAGCUCCAGUUCCAGGGCGGCUUCUCAGCAAAAACUUGCAGGCUAGAAGGUUGUCCUAUAGAUGGAGACUUUACACCAAUCAGCCAUUUUUAUCCAGAGGACAACAACUCUCUUCAGAGCUUUCCCAUACAGGAGGCCCCUGCAGUGGACAAAGUUAAAAUAAUGUUUGAGAAUAGUGCUGACUUUUUUGGGAGAAUUAUUGUUUAUUCCUUAGACGUCCUGGGGGGAAAAGCUUCGUGACCAUUUAUUAUCCUCUCAUGAGAGAGGAAAUGACCCCAGAGUAAAGCACAGGACGGUGGGGUGGCACAUCUGUACUGCCACCUCAUGAACUGAUGUGAAUGUGGCCUUUUUUGGUAUCGACUCUUGAGGGAUCUGUCAAGACUUCUCACUUCUUAUAACACAAACCCAGAAGGUUUGAUAUGCAGCCUGAUGCUGAGUUAUAAUGGAACAUUUUACGGAUUUCAUCCCACUCUCUAUGCUUACGUAUUUGCCUUUAAAUUAAUGUACCAUUCCACUGACACAUAAGGUAUGAAAAAUAUAUUUUUAUUAAAAUGUGUUUUCAGACCUUUGCUUUUCUUCAGCCAAACUAAAAAAAAAAAAUCCGCUGCACAACUUUUGUAUUUUAGUCCUUGUUUGUUCAUUGGGAUGCAUAUAAAUGGAAUAUUCUUUUCAUUAAAAAAAAGUUUACUCAGUGUAAA